AGUCCCUACUGCCAGCGGAAUGACUCGCGCGGCGUUUUUCGCAGCCUUCCUCCUCGUAGCCCCAGUAAUUUCACUUCCAGUAACAAAUCCAACAACUCAAGAUGACACCAAGGUGAUGACAUGCAUUGCUGAAGUUAUUUCUAAUACAGUAGCAAAGCCAAAACCACUCUCAAUCAGCCAAGAAUGCCUAGAAAUUCUCCAAGGAGAUGAAAGAAUUCGUUCCAUCCUUCGCCAUCAGAACUUACUAAAGGAGCUUCAAGAGAUUGCAGUUCAAGGAGCAAGUGAAAGAACAGAGCAGCAGAAGAAAAACAGUGGAUUUGAAGAGGAGCUUUCUGAAGUCCUUGAAAGCCAAGACAAUGGGAACAUGGAAAGAGAUCCAUCAGAGGGGACCCACAAUGAGAAGCCAAUGGCCUCUUUGGCUGAGCAGGAAGCAGAAAAGUCUUUUCAGAAUAAGCAGGAUGUUUUGAAAGAAGAGGAGAGGAAUAGCUUGGAAGAGAGAGACCCAAGGAUUCGAGAUGUUGAUCUUGAUGAUGAAAAGGAGAAUAUCGCAGGAUUUGAGGGCAAUGAGGUUGAUGAAGUGGAAGGGUUGCCUUGGAGUGAUACAAUAGACAAUCACAUCAAUGACAUCAGGGAAGAUGAUGGACUUAAGCAGACACACCAGGAAGUUGAAGAAGUUGCAGGGACAGAGGAAUCUGACGAUGAGAAGGAGCAUGUUUUCAAAGAGAGUCAGGAGGAAACGAAGGAGGAAGAAGAUGGCAAGGUCAGAGAGCAAGUUGAGAAGGAAGAAGAGGAGGAAGAAGAAAAGGAUGAAGAAGAGGAGAAAGAGAGGAAUGCUUCUGAAGAACAACAUCCUACCAAUUCAGAUAAUGUGGAUGAUCAAAGAGAAGAUGAUAAUCAAGAUGAUGACAAAAAUAUCUCAGAAGAUACAGAUAAAUAUCAUAGUGUGAAAAGUAGAGGGCAUCGUUUUCUAGAUGGAACAAGGCAGAAUGAUGACUCCUCCCAUGACAGCGAUUCCAAAAGUCAAGAGAUGGAAAAAAACCCUUUCCAAGAUGUAGAAGAUGCUAAGAGAUGGAACAAGAUGGAUGAACUGGCCAAACAACUGACUACUACAAAGCGUGCAGGGGAGAAUGAAAGUGAUGAAGAUCCAGAUAGAUCCAUGAAAAUGGCUUUCAAAUCCCACAACACAGGUGACUUCCAUGACUCCCCAGAAGAGGAAGCAAGGAGGCUGCAGAAGCAUCAUUCAAAAGAGGACAGUGAACAAGGUUUUCCACUUCUUCCCAUACCUGAAGAAAAAAAGGAUGAAGAAGGAAGUGCAAACAGGAGGACCGAAGACCAAGAACUGGAAAGCUUAGCUGCAAUUGAAGCGGAACUGGAGAAAGUUGCCCGCAAGCUCCAUGCUCUGAGAAGAGGUUGAUGCACCAUAAGACGGGAGCAAGAUGCCAGAAAUGUUGAACCACUGUUUCGAACA